UUCCUUAUCAAAGGUAAUCUUAUCAGCGGGUCCAGGCAAGAACAUGGCUAGGAAGAACAUCACGUAGCACACUGGGUCUAUAGUUUUACGUUACAGGAAUUACAGGAACAUUAUAAUGGCUACAGCAAGUGAUGGUCUAGCACAGAUGUCUCUGGAGGACUUCCUGCAGGAGGAGGUGGUGGUGGGGGCACCAGAGGAGUACACGCAGCUGCCCUCCCACCCUCCUGGCUACCAUCACAUCUCGCAAAGAUGGAAUGGAGGGCCUAAUAGAUGGAGUGGUGGUGUGGGUAGCCAGAGAGGCGCUCAUAGAGGUGCUGCUGCUACUUCCUGGAAAACCAAGGGUGGGGGGAGGCCUGGGGUCAUGUUGUUCCACGACCCUCAGCCAAGACGACCAUUCCUGAAGACCAGUUCCUCAAGGCCACUACCCUUCGAAUCUAUAUUGACCGUGGGAAAUCACGAAGCCCUGGAGGUAAAGGAAGGUCGUCGGGCGGGUCAGAUGAAUGCAGACCUAGAGGAGGUGAUGUCCAAAGCCCAGCCAGAGCAGGAGUUCAACUUCAUCCUUAACCAUGCACUGCAGGUGAAGGCAGGACCCACUUGUCACUUCCUGCCAGUUAACGACCUUGCCAACCUCCGUAGAGAUACCCUCCUCAAGGUGUUGGUGGGGAUGCUGAACACUGGUGAGCCUGGGGUGGUGUACCUCGGAGUGAGGGAGAACGGCAGAGUAGAGGGUAUCACAGCAGAGACACAAUUACUCACUCAGUUCGUCGAGGGACUCAUGAAGAUGAUGCAGUUCUACCUGAUGCCUCGCGUCCACGCCCCUCAGUAUGGAGUGCGGUACAACAACGUGAUGACCUCCAGUGGACAGAUCCUGAAUAACAUGUGGGUGGUGGAGCUCCACGCCGUGCCCCAAAUGGAACAUUACUACAACGCCCUGACGAGCAUGGACUACUAUGUACGAUGUGGUACCGACACUAAGACCCUCCCCUUCACCACCUUCUGCAGUGCCGUGGUCGCCGCCGCCUCCGAGCCCUACCUGCGGGAGACGAGCCAGCUGGAGGAGCAUAUACAACGGCUAAGGACGGCAUUGCAGGAAGCUGGAGUCGUUACCUCUUCAGUCCCCUCCGUCGACAACUAUUGCUGGUUCACCGACUGCCCGGCACAAUGCUAUGGCAGACCUGUCGUCGCUAACAAGAGCCAGUGGCAGGUCUGACAGUGCUGAUGACAGUACCUGUCGCCACUAAACGUACCUUGACAAAUUUGUCGUUGCUGACAGUGUCUUAGUAGACCUGCCAUUGCUGACUGCCGUGGCAGACCUGCCAUCACUGACAGUGCCGUGGCAGAUCUGCCAUCACUGACAGUGCCGUGGCAGACCUGCCAUCACUGACAGUGCCGUGGCAGACCUGCCAUCACUGACAGUGCCGUGGCAGACCUGCCAUCACUGAUAGUUCCGUGGCAGACCUGCCAUUGCUGAUAGGUGGAUAGGGAGGUAGAAGGUACAUACACACAUACGGGUACAUGGUAGAUAUAUAGUGAGAUUAUGGAUAGAUAGGGGUAGAAGAUAAAUAUAUAGGUGUAGAAGGUACAUGUUUAGAUACAAGUAACAUAGAUAAUGACCUGAUGAAUAGAUAGGAAUAGUUAAUAGAUACAUAGGAUUGAAGAGAUUAUAUUUGUGUCUUCAGUACCGGCACAACACUAGUGACACAAGGUUCCUUUUAUAGUGGCAGUGUGGUAUCAAACAUAAUCACUGCCAGCAGCAGUGACAAAUUAGUUUGUAGUCACAGGUAUCAAUACCGUUGUGGUAUCAACAUUCUCAUGCGUUACAUGUAUGGAGGUUAAACAAAAUAUCUGAGAUAUAAAAAAAAAAUAUAAAUACAAGAUAUUUAGUCAUAAAGUAUUAAGGUUGAUAUAAGUGCAUUUUAAUUUAUUUUAAUAUAUAAGUUUGGAGAUGGGUGUUUACCGGAUUUUUAUUGAGUCGGUAAAGAAUCCAACUUUUCAUAGUUACUUGUGAUUAUGUUCUUCGUGGAUGGUCCACAUUCUUUUAUGUAGCGUAAAUGUGCUUACAUAUAUAUUUUUAAUUCCUGUUUCGUUCUUGCAUAAGUGCAACAUUUGUGCACUAAAGUUCAUUUAUGUUCUCAUUAUUGAAGUAACAUCUUUGUUCAUUAUAGUUAAAAAAAAUGCUGCCAAGA